UUAUCCGCCAACAUUUUAUCAAACACGUAAAUUUUGCUUUCGCGCGCUGAAUUGUGUAAUAAGCUAAAAAAGUAAGGUUGAAGUUAUUUUUCUAGCUGUAUUGGCUGAAGUUACCGUAGAUGAUCAUUUUAGCUAUUUUUACCUAUAAUUUUUUUUUUAUUUUAUUAAUAAAAUAUAUUUUAAAAAUAUUUUUUUCUUGUAUUAGCAGAAUAACAGUCACUUCAGCCGGAAUUUUAUAAAUUUCAGCAGAAUCUUACCAAACGGGUUCUAUGUAUGCUUCUGCUAUCUCAUCCUCGACUACCUCAGUCAGAUCUACAUUAGUAUUACGGAGUAUUAUGUAUGCUUCUUGGCCGGCGGCCGGGUGAAGCGAUACCGGACCACCAGCUCAUCGAUCCGGCGGCGGCUCAGCGGAUGGUUGGUGUGGCAUUUCUUCUCGCCAGGCUUGGUGGAGGAGGGGAGUCGAAGGGAAGGGGGGAAGAGGGAAGAGGGUAGUCGAAGGGAAAGGGAAGGGGGAAGAGGAGGGGAGUUGAAGGGAAAGCAAAGAGGAAGUAUGGGAAAAUAAAAUAAAGAAGAAGGAAAAUAGAAAGUAGUUUUCAUAGUUAAGGUGGUGUUUCUAAUUGGGAUUCAAUUUGGACUUUGAAGUGAUAUGUCUAGCAACCAUUAAGUGAACCCUCUGUUCUCAAAAACUGCAAUUGUGUUUAGUUUUCUUUUAUUGUUUUUUUUGUUGAGAAGGCAACAUGCUACUAUUUCUUGUUGGUUCUAAGCAAGCAUUUGAGAUAUCACUGGCAGAUGUCUCACAAACACAGCUACAGGGAAAAACUGAUGUCAUGUUAGAGUUUCAUGUUGAUGAUACAACUGGAGCAAGUGAGAAAGAUUCAUUAAUGGAGAUAAGUUUUCACGUACCCAAUUCAAAUACCCAGUUCGUUGGCGAUGUAAACUGUCCUCCUGCUCAGGUAUUUCGUGACAAAAUUGUGGCAAUGGCUGAUGUUUCUGAUGGGGAGGAAGCUGUUGUUACAUUUGAUGGCAUAGCAAUACUGACUCCUUGGGGUAGAUAUAAUGUUGAACUUCAUCUUUCUUUCUUGCGUCUACAAGGGCAAGCUAACGACUUUAAAAUUCAGUACAGCAGUGUUCAGCGUAUAUUUUUACUCCCCCAAGGUUAGUCAACCACACACCUUUGUGGUUGUUACCCUUGAUCCACCAAUCCGGAAAGGUCAAACUAUGUAGUAUGUACCCAAACAUUGUUUUGCAGUUUGAAUCUGAGUAUGUGGUAGACACUGCUCUAACAAUGAGUGAAGACGUUCUGAAUACAAAAUACAAGGACAGACUAGAGCUGACAUAUAAGGGACUUAUACAUGAUGUCUUUACCAAAAUAAUGUGUGGUCUUUCUGGUGCUAAAAUCACUGGACCUGGGAAGUUUCGUAGACAUACACAAGGUUUAGCUGUAAAAUCAUCACUUAAAGCUGAAGAUGGACUCUUAUAUCCUCUUGACAAGAGAUUCUUCUUUCUGCCUAAACCUCCCACCCUUAUGCUAUAUGAUGAGAUUGACUAUGUGGAGUGAGAGGCACGCUGCUGGUACAGCAAACAUGCAUUACUUUGAUCUUCUUGUCAGACUUAAGACUGAGCAAGAACAUAUCUUCCGGAAUAUCCAGAGAAGCGAGUACCAUUGUCUUUAUAAUUUCAUGAGUGCGAAGGGUCUAAAAAUAAUGAACCUGAGAGAUUCCCGACCCGCAGAUGGUGUUACAGCUGUUUGCAGGGAGCUGAAGAUGAAGAUGCUGUUGACCCACAUCUUAAGCGAAUCAGGAUCCAAGCUGGUGAAGUUGAGAGUGAUGAAGAGGAUGAAGAUUUUGUCGCGGAGAAGGAUGAUGAAGGCUCUCCAACUGAUGAUUCUGGGGAAGAGGAAUCUGAUGGCAGCUUAAGCGGGGGUGAGAAGGAGAAACCAGUAAGCCAAAAAAAGAAGGUUCUGCUCCUAAACCAACACCCAGCAGAAGAAAAGCUGAUGAUGAAGAAGAGGGAUCCAAGUGUCCCAAAGAGGGCAAUGACUGCUUUCAUGUUCUUCUCACAGGGUGAGAGAGACGCUUGUAACUACUUGUGUAGUAUUUUAUUGUUUGAUUGCUGAGUAAAUUUGUGGUUUUCUUCCACCCUUUCUGCUGAAUGUGAAGAAAUCUAAUCCUGGAAUCCUGGGUUCUCGGAGACAAAUGGAAUAAGCUUUCUGCCGAGGAGAAAGAACCGUACGAGGCAAUGUCUAAGGCUGAUAAGCUGCGCUACUCUGAACAGAUGUCUGGCUACAAUAACAACCAACAGUCAACAAAUAUGGAUACAGGAGGCAACGAUGACUCAGAUAGUGCCUGAGGCUCUUUAUUUAACUACAGUCUGCGAGCCCUUUUAAUUACUUCAAAAGACGUAAUUAGCAGCUUUGUUAAUGGGCAGGCGGGCAGGCUGUUGGAAAAUCAAAGGGAACAAUGCUGGCAGCACUUGCUUUUUGUUGUUGAUCUAGAUCUGUACCGCAUGUGUUUAUGCAAAUCUUCUGAGUUUACACUCCACCUAUUUAUUACCAUUUACCCAUAAUGCUUUUGGUCUGUUUAUAGAAAACUUAUUAGAGUUAAUUAAGAGUUCGUAUUCCUGUUAUAUUCCUCACUAUAUUUUAAGUUUUUA